CCAGUGCAAGCAAAGAGAAGAGGGCGAAGAGGGUGCUCUCCGCACCAGUUUGAAUCACUUCCUAGUCUUGGAAAGAAAAUAGCGUGUACUAGUGUCGGUGAGUGAAUGGCAUUCACUGGAUAUUGGUAGUGAUGUGGAGUCGAUUUGAAGUUGAAGGAGUCCUGGUUUAAUAUUUUGUUACUGACUUCUAGUAUCUCUGUCUACUCCACACUUUAUUGCGAAAGGUGCAAUGAUGUCUUCUCUCAGUAGUACCACGUUUCGAAGCUGCGCUCAAAGGAGCUUUCAGAUGUACGUCAAUUUGGUUCGACAAAGUUCGACAGAAUCAGCAAAAGAAAUUAAAAUUCCUCGGAGAAUUAAGAGAGGGCCAACUGAUGUUUUGAAGGCUUUGGCAGCCACUGUGACACGAGAUACAACUGCCCCUCAUUAUAAGUACCACGAUGAUCCAUUUCUCACGCCAAGCUCAAAUGUAGGGAAAAGAACCUUUGCAAUGGCAAAAGAGUCUGGGAAGAAAGCUGCUCGUUGGGUUCAAAACCAGCAUCCAGAAUUGUUUCAACAUAAAGUAUCUUUUCCAUUUAUAGAGAACUACACACCUAUGACUGUCUAUGAUGAAAAUUCAGCAGUAGAUGAAAACACUUUGAAAAGAGUUAUUUAUUAUGCUCAAGUAUCAGAUGCCAUAAAAGUUUAUGAACUCUUGGAACAAAAAGGAAUAAAUGUUUCAGGAAGUACAAAACAGUCAUUUUUGGAGAUGUUGUGUUUUUUCAAUUGUGAAGACCCUCUUCCAGAGGAAUUCCUGGAAGAACGUUGGUUUCACCUAAGUACGAAAGGACGAGAAAAGCUUCGAAAAACAUGGAAGGACAACAGUCUAGCAGAGAAAAUUUUUCUAAGUUUUGAACAAAAGGACUCAAAGGCAUACAGUGCCAUAAUUCAGGGCAUGACACGAUACUGUCAGGCAGAGCGUGCAUGGAAACUUUAUGAAGAAUGUCUGGAAAAAAAUAUUAUACUUCAUACAGAAACAUAUAACUCAUUAAUUCGUGUUGUUCAUUUUCUUAAAGAAGGUUUUGAACAUCGUUGGAAGUUAGUGCAGGAAUUGCUGGAAGAAAUGGCAAAAAAGAAUAUCCAUCCAAAUGUUGGGACUCUUAAUGCUGUUUUGGAAGCAGUGAGCACCCUGCCUAACCAGAGACAAAGUAAAGAAUAUGCUUUAAGAACUUUAUCAGAAUUUAAAGCCCUUAACAUACAGCCAACAUUGGCAUCGUACUAUUUUCUACUAAUUACAUUUUGUAAACAACGCGGUCCUAUAAGCAAUAUUCUUGUUGAAAUCAUGGAUACUAUUCAAGGGCAAGAAUUCAGUGUCCAGGAUCCAAAAGAUACUUAUUUUUUUGUCACAGCAAUGGAUGUGUGUAGAAAUCACCUCCAAGAUAAAGAUCUGGCUUAUCGUGUUGAUGAACUGUUGCAUACUGGAAACAAUUAUAUUCUCAUAGGUGAUUCAUAUAAGGAAUCAAUAUACUAUCGACAUUUCUUUGUUUUAAUGUGUACCCUGGAAUCUUUGGAUGUUUUUAUGGACUUGUAUCGUAAAAUUGUGCCACAUAUUUACACGCCAGAACCUGCUGUGAUGGAGGAGGUCAUCAAAACCAUUGAUAUGAAUGGUGCAAUGGAAUACGUGCCACAAAUAUGGUCUGAUAUGGUUGUAUUUGAUCAUGUAGAAAGAGAAAAUGUUGUUACUACUUUGUUGGACAGCAUGGCUCGAAAUAACCUUCCAGAAGAAAGUGAAUUAAUUUCACAAUUUGGAAAUAUAGCUUGGGACAUUUGGAAAAGGCAAGAGGAAGAUGUUGAAGAAGAUAGAUACAGACAAUGGAGAUGGACUGGACAAAUACUUGGAGACAUGAUGACACUUCUAUUAAGAGCAAACCAAUUCAAAGAGUCCUGCAUCAUCUUGGACAAACUGAACAGGUCUCAACAAAAUAUUGUUGGCGUUCCUCGUGUAGAAGUUCUCCAUUUGUUUCUUGACAGGUGCAUCCAGGAGAAGGAUGUAAAAGCAGCUAUUGGAUGUGUACAAUACAGUGCUGAUGCAGGAUUCUCAGAUGCAGAGCAGAUGGCACAAAAAUUAAUUAAUAAUAUUUCAUUAGAUGAAGGAAUAUUGGCAAGACUAUCUAAUAUUAUUGGGAAGAACCUGAGUAAAAUAGAUUGAGUUAUUUUUUUAUAUGUAGUUGUUUAAUAAAGUUAAAAAAAAUUCAUAGAUGUAUUUAUUGAUGAAAUGACAAACAUUCACUAAUUUAUUGGUACUUUUUUAAUAAAUGCUAUUGUUUUAAUGUUACACUGUCUCAACCGCUUUUUUUUCUAAAUUUUCUUCUGCAACUUCACCUUUAUAAAUAUUCCCUUUUACAUCAAUAGCAAAAUUGUAAUCUACUUCCCCUCUUAAUGCAUUUUCAAUAGCUUCAUCAAUGUUUUCAGAGGUGAUGUAAUACUUCUCUUUUUCCUUCUCCAUCCUCACUAACUCAUUGAUUUCUGCAACACGAUUUCUCUCCCUUGUUUUCCUUUCUUCUAGUCGUUUAGAAAUCAAAUUCAAUUUUUCCUCUUUUUCGUGAAGCAAUCUCUUUUCACGAAUUAGAGCGACUUCGGCAUUCCAUUUAUCAUUGAUUUCCUUACAUCUAAUCAAAUCAUCAUCCAUACUAACAGCAUCUGCAAGUUGUUCUUUUCCAGCAGCUGACUGUACUUCUUCACGCAGAAAUUCUCUACUGAUUUUAUGAACGUGUUAUAAUUCGUUGUAAGUCUAAAUAGUUCAAUCCGUUCUUCUUCAGGUACCUGAGGUCGCGGUGGAAUGCGAAAUAAUUUGCUUUUAGCAAGCGGUGUUCCCGGCGGUUUUCUUCUCCAACGUACAGAUUGUUUGCAGACUGGAUUUGCCACAACGUUCAUAAUGUCGGGAGGCAGAAAGAAGCGCACAGAGGCAGAACACUGCAACUGUCGUAACAUAUUUGUUUUUCUCUGAGAUAUUUGGAUAUGAUCAGUGCUCUAAUGUUUAGCUGGCACAUACACACCCCAUACAAUUCGCACACUACAAUGCUAACAUAAAUCACGAUCCAUACCAGCACCACGGCUGGUUCACUCAAUGUUAAAAGGCGAGGGCAGGGCCCUACAACUCCCAUAUAACGUGGUGGAGACUAUUACGGU